GUUGAACACACAGAGCGCCCAUCACCGAUCCGCAAUCAGUCAGUCGUCGCUCACUCCCUUCCUCCACGAGUACGCACGCAGCAUGUCCACGGCGCUACCGCUACCCAAGGGGUACUUCGACAUGAGUCGCAUCACAGAAGCGGAGCGAGACCAGUACACGGAAUACGCGAGCAGUGCGAUUCGCAAGGUGUUUGCUCUGUCGGACCAUCACAAGAACUCGUGGGUUCCAGUCAUGGAGAAAAAAGGCGUGUCGAUCUACCGCAACUUUUCCAACGUGCCAAAGCCUCGGUCCAACUCGACGACCGCGCCGUCGUCGUCGUCACAGUCGUAUGCACACAAGAGCAACAUCGCCGAAGUCGGGUGCAAGAGUACGCUGCAAGCAUCUCUCGAUGAAAUCUGCCGCGCGUACUCUGCGCACGACGACGGUCUCUUCCGUCGCCUCAUGCGCAAACUCAACCCUCGCGUCGUCGAUGCAGCCGUGUUGCAAAACGUUGUCCCACGCACGCCACAGCGCCCAUACCGGUACGUCGGCAUCAAGUGGUUUGCCGUCAAGUCGGCGAGCAUGAUGGUGACGAAUCGCGACUAUUGUUGCUUGGAAGUGAUGGAUCGCAUUGUGGAUUCGCACGGAAACGACAUGUUUGUCCGCGUGCUGUCGUCCAUCGACAUCCCCGAGUGUCCGUCGCUUGAAAACUCGCACGGGUUUGUGCGCGGGCGGAUCCUCGCGGGGUACAUCUAUCGCAUGGACUCGAUGGAAACCAAAGUCGCGCGGCUGCACCACGUUGCCCGCUUCGACCCGAACGGGUAUUGCCCCACCCAACUCAGCUACAAGAUCGCCGAGAAGGACGUGGUCACGUCCAUGGUGCAGCUCAAGCGCGUGGUGGAAAAGCAGCAAAUGACGUCAUGCUUGUUGCUGGACAAGGCCCAAUGGGUGCCGUCCACGUCGCGUUCGUCGUGUACCGUGUGCGGCCGUGCGUUUGGACUGUUUCGCCAUCGUCACCACUGCCGCGCAUGUGGCGAAGUCAUUUGCGGCAAGUGCUCGAUCCAACGCCCGAUUGAAGUGCCGGGGACAAAUCUCAAGAAAGUGCGCAUCUGCACGUUGUGCAACAUGGGCGUCAACAAGGGCCCAGACCCGGAUGCGAUGCAGGAGCUGUCCAUGCUGUCCGUCAACUCUGGCGCGACGCAGGCGUACAACGAAAUGAACAUGUACGACCUGUACAACGCCAAUGGCCCGAGCACCCCCAGUGCGUACUCGUCGGCGUCGAACGGGUCCAACAUCUCCAACGUUUCCUAUCGAAGCAACGCCACCGACUACCAGCGACCUGCGCCGCUCCCUGCGCCCGCGCCCGUACCCAUGGCGCGCAAUCCGUCUUGGGGCCGCUCCAUGUCGCAAGAGUCUAUGCAAGCAGCAGGAGGGCGCAGUCAACUGCCGGUGGAUUUGUCCUAUUUGCCGAAAACGCCCACGACGCCGUCGUCGUGCACCCAUCGACGGCACAGCGCGGCCGCGACGCCGAAACAGUCUGUCGUGACGCCGCGUACCCAGGCCAAGUUGGACUUGUCGUACUUGCCUCAAACCCCCAAAACCCCGCGAGGUCCCAACUGGAACAGUGGCCCCACAACCCCCGAGACCCCCAACCGCCUUGCCCCCCCCUGCUUCCCCACCACGCCCAACCACUCGACGGUGAACGCCCCCAGCCCUCGAGCGCCACCCACCAUUGCCCCCGCGAAACCCCGGCCAACCACGUACUUUGGCGAGGGCUCGUUGAACUUUGGCAAGCCGUCCACGAGCUCGUACGUUCCCGACCCUGUUCGAGCCGGGCCAUCCGUCGAAGUGGCCAAGUCCAUCGAGGACAUGUUGCGCAAGAGCUACAGCGGCGUCGCGGUGGAUUACGUGUACAACAUGCUCGGCGACCGGACGCAGCCAGCAGCGCUCACGCCGCGAAACGCAGUAUCCACACAAGCCACAUAGACAAACACACACACCAAAUCGUUAUAAAGUAUUUAUCUCUCAUGGAAUGGAUGAUAUUGCUUUCACGACAGCAACACCUAAAACCAACCGUUGCACGGGACCAAGUCCUUCAAGAACCAAUCGCUCGACUU